GUGGCACCUUGGCAGUGUGGUGGUGGGGUGCGUGAGGGAAGGAGUGUCACACACGGCACUGUUCUACACCAUGAGUGCCAUCAGGAGGUGAGAGGAGUGCCGGCAUGAACCACCACCGUGGCAACACUAACCUUCCCUCAGUCUUCCCUAGCUUAACGGGGCCCUGGUCUGGCUAUGUCCCCGGCACUCACUCCGUCUAUGGCCCACCUCCCAGGUUCCCUUACAGCCUGGAUGGCUCGCGUCCUCGCCAUAACUACGUCCCUGGAGGUGUCGUAGGUGGCCCUGGUGGCAUCGUACGUGGUCCUGGCGGCAUCGUACGUGGUCCUGCGGCAUACGGUAGCUACGCACGCUCGUUGUCUCCCGUCUUGCACAGAAACGUUGAGUAUUCUUCGCCCGAGAGACGUCUCUCGCCUCCCGUACCCCGUCAUCGCGCUCACAAUGACUCCGUCGCCGCCGCCGCCAGCGCCGACUCUGCGGUGUACAACGCCGACCCCGUGGUGUACAACGCCGGGUUCACCUUCAGGAUGGGCAAGGAGACCCAGGUGCACAACCAUGUGGAGGCUCACCCGGCCUACACCGUGCCGGAGGCCGAGUCAUCCAGCCUCACCCGUCAGAUAGACAAGUUCCUUAAGAAGACGGACCACAUGCUCGAUAGAUACAGCUCUAUCGUGGAGUCCAGAUCUUGCAGCGGCAUGGCGAAACGUCGCGGCAAGCCAGCGACUAAUGGGCGAAACAUGGACGACUCUCCUGAGCCUUCCAUGUCUCUCUCCUACCGCGCUCAGCACUCGAACUCAGCAGCAGCCAUUGCGGUCAAGGCUGCCAAGCACUUCGAAGCUCUUAGCCGCGGGGGCAUUAAGAAGGCGGCGGCGGCGACGGCAGCGGCGGCGGCGGCGGCGGCAGCGGCGGCAGCACCCAUCGCCGAACAUGAAGGGGACGACGACCUGGACUCGUCCAGCAGCGACAACCUCAACGACCUAGACACUGACGACGACCUCCUGCAAUCCACCGAUCUCUUCAGCAUCUCAGACGACACUUCGGCAGACCUGAGCAAGCUCUCCGUCUCCAGCGUCGACACUGAAGCACAGAGAGGAGACAGUCCCUCGCUGGAUCCGUCGUGGCUGGAUGACUUGAGUUCGGAUAGUGACGACGAAUACUUCGAUGUUGUGACGGUACCGGGUCUGCGUCCUCAGCCUGGUCUUACUGCCUCACCAGCACCGCUCCAGCAACACCACCACAUACCACCCACACACAGCCAAAGUUUACCCGCAAUAAACAAGGGCACUGUAGGUAGUGCAAUGAGAAACGAUGCAGUGCAGCCAUUAAACACAGUGAUAGCAAGCAAACAAUCGGUAACCAAAGCAGCUGCAAGCGGCAGGGAGCAAGGAUUAUCUGCAACACCUCCUUGUGGUGAUCAGAAAGUAACUGGUGAUGAGCAGGCUCCAGGAACUUCAGUGAAGCAAGUUCGAGGAACCUCAGAGAAGCAUAACCCGGAGGGUUCCACAGCAGGCAUAGAAAGUCGGUUUGCUGUUAGUACUGAGAAGAAAGGUUUUUCGCGUUUGCCUAAGAAAUAUAAAGCUCCUCAACCUCCCUCCACUAUAGAGCAACCUGCCCCCACUGGAAAGCAACCUGCCUCCACUGUAGAACAACCUGCCCCCACUGUAGAGCAACCUGCCCCCACUGGAAAGCAACCUGCCUCCACUGUAGAACAACCUGCCCCCACCGUAGAGCAACCUGCCCCCACUGGAAAGCAACCUGCCUCCACUGUAGAACAUCCUGCCCCCACUGUAGGGAAACCAAAAGGUAACCAAGAGCAACAUUGGUCAGAUACACAAGAUCAACUUCAGAGCAACAAGAAUAAUUUGAUCACAACAGAUAUGCCCAGACAAAUUCUGUCAUCUAAAGAAGGCAAGACACACGUGGGGAAGCAAGAGGCAUCUUCCCCGAAGAGGAAACCUCCAGACGAAGUAGAAACGAGUAAUGAAUUGCGAGGUAAUGGUACUCUCAAUAAAGUUGACUCGAAACGAGAAAAGACAUUAAGUGGUUCACUUACAAUAGAAGACAGAGUCAUUAAGCAGCAGUUAUCGUCAGCGUCGUCAGAGACUCCACUGACACCAGCACCCUCACCUGACAGCUUGCCGAACAAGCAAACUGUUAAUACAACAAUGAAUAAAACAGUGAAAAUAAUGCCGGAGUGUACCACUGAGAGAGCAUUAUCAUCACCUCAGGGUCAGAAAGUACGGCAAAGUAGUCCCGUGGCCGUGGUGGGUGUCAAGGUCACCCCUACCCUGGUCACUGGCAAAUUAGAAAUAGCUUCAAAUGAAGGUUCAGCAACUGUAAGACGAAAUUCCACUAGUGAAGAUAAGGCACUAGAUGGUAAAACAGCAAGACCAAAAGAUACCUCAGUAAAUAAGAGAUCGCUGGAGAGUAACACGCUGACUACCACUCGACCUGCCACUGCAGGAACGACAGUCACUAAGUCCACACUAGAGGAAAAUGAGAAAUUACACGAUAAUGUAGUGGUAAAUGGGAAUAUUGAUGAAGAUAACAUGAGUGAUGACAAGUCGGAAGAGGAACGAAAGAGAGCGUCUGUAAGUAAGAACAGAGAGAAUGUAACCAUCCACACUCAGAGUGAAAAUUCUAAACAUAAAGAAAGAAAAGAAAGUAUUGAGAGAAGCAGCCGGUGCAGUUCAGUAGCUAGUGAUGCUGCCUCACGGGCAGUUUCUCCUGACAUCUCCCUCAACUCUGGUGCAGCCAAGCGCAGUAAGAGUGGCAAGCUAGCCUUCGUCCUCAACAUGUGGGAAACUGAUGAAGUUUCACAAAAGAGUGAAAGAGGAAAACCCAAAGGCUCAUCCACUCCUAAAAUUGGAAAGAUUACAGGUCUUGCAAGUGUAUUUGAAAGAGAGAAAAGUUUGGGAGCAUCUCAGGCUGACGCUUCAAAGAGUAUCAUCAAUAAAUUAAAAUCUCCAUACAGUCCACCAUUUUCUCCAGAAAGAAAGGCACCAGCAGAGGACAAGAUUACAAAUAUUGCUGGUAUAAGUACAUUAAAAUUUGGAGACGUUGCUAAAUUCAAGAAGCCCGGCGAACCCAAGAAGGCAAAUGACAAGAUCGUAUCACAUACUCCCAAGAAGAUGCCAGAUGAUAAGAGUUCAUCACAUGCUCACAAAAAUGAGCUAGAUAAGCAGGGAAUACAAGACAAGGAUCUCAUUAACAAAAGUGUUAGUCAAAAGAAAGAUGAAAAUUUGAGUAAUAUUACUAAAGUUGGUGUUAACUCUGUUAUUGAUAAAGAACGAAGCCAAGAAAAAACUGGAAAGCAGAACACCAAGAAUAUUAGCAAAGAUUGUGAAGAAAUAAUUGUUAAUGGAAGUGUAGCGAAGAGUGACAGUAGAAUAUCACUCGAUGAAGAAGAUGCAGUGGAAGUGAAGACGAAGAAAGACAAACUCAGUAAUCCUAGAGCAGAUCAGAGCUCAGCAACCGUCUUGCAAAACAGCUCAGCUACUGAACCCAAACACCAACCUGUCAGUGACACCCUGGUGAAGACAGACAAAAUUGACACUAGUGUCUCCAAGGCUAACAAAGUUAAUGCUGUUGUCCCUAAGACUAACAAAGUUGAAGAUGUGUCUAAGAACACUAAAGUUGAAGCCAAGACAUCUAAGGACACCAAGGUUGAAGCCAAGACAUCUAAGGACACCAAGGUUGAAAUCAGUGAAUCCAAGGACACCAAGGUUGAAGCCAUUGCGUCUAAGGACACCAAGGUUGAAGCCGGUGCGUCUAAGGACACCAAGAUUGAAGUCAAAACUUCUAAGGACACCAUGGUUGAAGCCGGUGCGUCUAAGGACACCAAGAUUGAAGUCAAAACAUCUAAGGACACCCUGGUUGAAGCCGGUGAGUCUAAGGACACCAAGAUUGAAGUCAAAACAUCUAAGGAUACUAUGGUUGAAGCCGGUGAGUCUAAGGACACCAAGAUUGAAGUCGGUGAGUCUAAGGACACCAAGAUUGAAGUCAAAACAUCUAAGGACACCAAAGUUGAAGCCAGUUCGUCUAAGGACACAAAGAAUGAAGUCAAAACAUCUAAGGACACCAAGGUUGAAGCCAAAACAUCUAAGGACACCAAGAUUGAAGCUAGGGCAUCUAAAGACACCAAGAUUGAAGUCAAAACAUAUAAGGACACCAAAGUUGAAGCCAGUUCGUCUAAGGACACAAAGAAUGAAGUCAAAACAUCUAAGGACACCAAGGUUGAAGCCAAAACAUCUAAGGACACCAAGAUUGAAGCCAUUGCAUCUAAGGACACCAAGGUUGGAGACGCCAAAGUUCAUGAAUCUAAGGUCAUUAAAAUUAAUAGUGAGGCUGAGUCAAACAUAAGCAGCAAUAUAGCAGCCAAGGUCAGUAACAUCAAGGACGGAACUAAUGGUUUAGAAAGGCAGAAUGAAGCCAGUGAUCUCAAAAUAUCCCCGCUUCCACUUGCUAACGCUGACACUAGCAGUAUCAGCACAGCAGCUGGUGACGUGCCCACUUCUGUUAAAGUUACUGACAUAAACAGUAUUGCGUCUAAGACUGCCAAAACUGAAGCUGCUGAAAUAUAUGAUGGCCAGGUAAAUACAACUGAAGCUUCAGCUACUAAAGUUACUUCAGAAUGCAAUGUCCAGAGUGCAGUGUGUCAGGGUACCGUCUGUACCAGCAGUAGUGACUUAGCUACCAAUGUUGUAUCAAGUGAAGCACCUGUUGUUGAUGAUGCCUGCUCUGCAGAGAAGCUUUCUGAAGCUCCUAAAGCUUCAGAAGCUUUACAUAGGAUGGAUGGGUUGAAGAAGGAUGUGCUAGGGGGCAUAAUGUCCUUCAUCGAGUCGGUUACCAGGGGAGGUAAGUCACUGGAAGACAAGCUUUCCAUCAAUGGUCUCCAGUUUACCAAGAAAUCCUCCAAGACAGAUAAUGCCACAGAUUUGACUAAUGCUCCCCCUGGUGAUACUUCAGAUACAAAAACUGUCAGUCGUUCUGAAAACACUGAGAACUUACAAGAACAAACUUCCCAGGUUAUAUCGCUGCCCAGACCACAAGAUGACGAUGGAUCGAAGCAAGCCAAGUGUUGUCUUGAAGGUAAACAAAGUGUAAAGAACGCUGUGUAUGAACCAGCCACAGCAGUGCCACAACUGGAGUCGGAAGUAGAGGCACUGCUCAGGGAGGCGUCAAUGCUCAUCGCCCACACUGAAGACAUCACCAGGUCUCCUUCCCAUGACGGAGGCGACGAAGAAGUGUUCCUGGAUGCCAUAGAUGUCUCACAGCUGGACACUCUGAUGCCUUUACCUAAUAUGGAGAUAGAGAGAGAGAGGCGUUCACGAUCCCGCACUCCACUAGAAGGUCCUGAACGUUCACCUUCGUCACGUUCAGUUGUGGCCAAGACCGAGGCUCUGCUCUCCGAGACUGACCGACUACUACGCCGCUCUCGCUCUGACAGAUCUCUUAGAAGGUCUUACAGCCGAUCAAUGUCAGCAGCGGCACUCAGUAAAUCAGCACAGUCUGUGUUAGAAGCCAGAUGUGAACUACAAAACUGUGGAAUAGUGUGUAGACUGGCAGAGGUGACGGCAGACUUGUCAGAGGAGCACAACACUGCGCACCUGGCGGGAGAGAGACUGGAAGCUGAGCAAGCUGAGAGAAUGAAACUGGAGAAGGAGGUGGAGAGACUUCAGGCCAACAUGAGACUGGUGACAACAGUCAAUGGUAAGCUGGAGAUGGAGAGACAAGCGCUGGAGUGUGAGGUGGUGUCAGUAAACAACGUGAACGGUGAUGCUGAACACGACUACGAUGACGCUGCUGAGGCCUCACUGUACAAGCGCAAGUACGACUGGUGCUUGAGAGAGAUCGAGCUGCUCAAGAAACAACUCAAGCAGCAGCAGGAGGACGACCUUGACCACCUGCUGCUUAUGAAGAAGCAGCUAGAGAAGAAGGUAUCAGACGCGUACGAGGAGACAGAGGAACAGCGGCAGGUGGUUGGACAGUUGAAACGCAAGUCCCAGAGGUUACAAGCAGAGUUGAACGACCUCAAGAUACUUCUGGAGGAACAAGCCUCGCGCAACAACCUCCUCGAGAAGAAACAGAGAAAGUUUGACCAGGACAUGAUGGGGGCGCAGGAGGAACUACGACACGAACGUUCCAAUAAGGAGAAGAUCCAGAGAGAACGCGAUCAGAUCCUCUCCGAGAAAUACGCCUUCGAACAAGAGGUGACGACCCUGAAGCUGGAACUAGAGCUGAAGGAAGAGAAGAUCUCCGCACUGAGCCGGGAGCUGGAGGACCUCAGCUUCACUGGUAAAACUGAAGAAGAAGUUGCUGUACUUAAGAAAGCCAAACAUGACCUUGAACUGCGGCUUAAAGACCAGGAGGAAGAGCUGGAUGACCUGGCUGGGCAGGUGCAGAUGCUGGAGGGAGCCAAGGUGCGUUUGGAGAUGAGCAUUGAGCAAAUGCGCAAGGAGAACCGACGUGAAAUUUCACAGCGUGAGGAGGAGCUUGAGGAAGUCAGAAUAUCUGCUCAGAAGAAGAUCAAGGCUCUGGAGAGCCAGCUUGAGAACGAGCACGAGGAGAGAACUGUGGUCGUGCGUGAGAAGCACGAAUUGGAGCGCCGCAUCAAUGAACUUCAAGACCGGACCAUCACUCACGUUGAUGAGGACUACGUGCACAAGCUGAAGAAAGAGCUGAAGAAAACCAAAGCUCUGUUACGCGACACUCAGACCAUGUUAGAGAAGUCGCAGUCUGAGGGUGGCCAUAAGCUGUUAGUUAGACAACUCAAGACACAGCUGGAAGAUGCAGAGUUCGCCAAGACGGCAGCAAUUAAAGCGAGACAAUGCGCCGAGGCAGACAUCCAAGAGCUGUCAUCGCAGCUGGAAGAAGCUCAGCGUGCCAGGAAGGAAUCUGAAGAUAGAUGCGCCAGAGUUGCCAAAGAUAGAGCAGAGAUACAGACACAGCUUGAAGAAAGUGAAGAGGAAGUGGCUGAGGUGAUGAAGAAAUACAAGUCUUGUGUUUCACAACUUUCUGUGGACCAGAUUACCUUAUCUGAGCAGUCACAGCAAAUUGCUGAGCUAGAGCAUGAAAAACAGGUUCUGCAAGAACGCAUGUUAGAACUGAGCAGCAAGGUGGAAGUUCUUGAAGGAGAGACUGCUAAUAUCCACACACAGCGACGUCUAGAGAUGAAGAUUAAAGAAAUAGAAUCUAAACUGGAGUUAGAACAGACCACCAGGCAAAGAUUAGAGAGUCAAAUUGGCCGGUUAAAAGACCAAAUUGAGCGAUUGACGGGUGACUGUGAUGCUGCACGGCAGAAGGAGACGCAGGCCUUGGAGCAGAGCAAGAAGAUCAGUCGGCAGCUGCGGGAAGCCAAGGAAGACUUGUCAGCUCUUCAGCAAAAACACACAGACGCAGUUAACAAGAAAGGCGAACUUGAAAAGCAACUUGAACUUGCAGAUUCUGAAGUUAUCACUCUGAAAAGUGACCUUAAACUGGCUUUCAAGAGAAUUGAAGAUCUGCAGCAGGCUAUCCAGGGUGACAUUAAUGAUUCGGACUCCGACAUAUCCGACAGUGACAGCGACAGCGAUGGCAGCUUGAGCUCUUAUCUGACCGCGUCCUUGAAGCAUCAGAGGUCAUCCUCAAACUCCACGCUUCGCACUCCUCCCUCAGAAGUGCAGCAGCUCGACAGAAUGGAGCAGCCUAAUUCUCCAUGCAGUGAAGCGAUGUCAGCCAUCAGUGAAGACCUCGAUGAUGUUUCUAACAAGGAAUCCUAUGCGUGAUAGUUUGUACUUAGUAUACCUGCCGAUUUAUUAUUAUUUUAUAUUAUACAGAAUUUUAUAUUGUGUGUGGAGAGUAAAUAGUAAUCUUAAUACAGUAUUGCUGUAAUUCUUGCUUGAUUGUGAGAACCCUGAUUGUGAGUUAUCCAGCGAUGAUUGUUGGUCAUAUUUACUGGAGAAAUGACCCAGCUUUAAAUAGGUGUUGUAAAUAUGUACAGGAAGUGAAGAUGUUUAUUGAGAAAGUCCCUUUUUCUUUCACGAUCUGUCUCUGGUGCUCAAUUUAAGCCUAAACCUUUCAAGAAAUAGAUAAUUUUUCCUUUAAUCUCUUUCAUGUGUUAUGACAUUUUAACAGUGACAUUCCUAACGUGUUGUAGCAUACAGCUGUGAAGUCACCAUCGGUGCUUCAGGUGGAUCAUCCAACAGGUGGAGUUGUAUUUCCAAUGUCGAUAUAAAAGGACGGUAAGUCUGUUGGCUUCUCAUAUAUAGCCAAGACUUACUUUAGCAUUUAUAUCAUAAUUCUAGUAUGAAGCUAGGAUAAUACUCUGACCCUGAAGUAUCCAUCAGUUCUAAUGCCUUCUCUUCAUCAUCAGUUAUACAAUACUACAGUUCCCAUUCUUGGAUUACAUUUUCCUUGGAUUAGUAAUAUGAUGCGAGCUUAUGUUAUCUCCAUCAAAACUUGAGUUAUUUUGGAAUGUAAACUUGAAAAGUUAUUUUUAAUUAAUGAAUUUUAUAAUUAAUGCUCGCAAUAUUCUUUAAGGAGAAUGGUGUAAUAUCAGUCAGUGUUUCCCCAAAUCUAUGCCAGGGGUUCCUAAGUUACAAACAUUUUCACUUACAAAGUAUUUGAUUUAUAAAGGAAAUGCCUACUUUAUAAUUGUAUUAAAUACAAUGAUUAUUUUCAUUAUUGUUUUCCAUAGGAAAAUAAAAAAAAGUUUUGAGUUACAAAUAACAUUUGUAAGUUGCAAACCCAGGAACACAAGGUUUAUAAGUUGAAACCUCAAAGUACUGUCUUGAAAUAAACUUCUUGCUUUCCCCACUGUGGGAGAACUGUACACUGCUGUGACUACCUCCUAUUUUGAAGUCAUGCAAGCAUUAAAACUGCAGUCUUCAGUGGCAACAAGUAUUCUAACUUUCUUGUAAUGUACAAUAUAUAUAAUAUAUCUAUCUUUUCCUUGCCUUAUAAUUUACUGACAAAGUAGUUUCUUAUGUGAUGUGUCUUGUAACAAGACUUAGAUCACGAUGCCACUGAGGAUAUCUUCAUAACCUGCUUCCCAGCUCUUCAUGUUAGAAGAGUGGAGACAGCCCAGCACUGUAUCUUACUGCUUACUAUAGCAACUUACCAGAGGUGGUGGUCAGCUCUGAGGUCUGAAGCUCACGGAUGAGAAAGUCAGUGUGCUUUAAGCCAGCCACUUCAAGUGCAUAAUAUACUCUCUCUGAUAAACAGUUUCACUGUCCCACAACUAAUCCAAAAUAGUUGCAUUCCCAGUUUUCUUUCCUUCAAGAUAAUCCGUACAUUUAUCAAAGUAAUAAUUCACACAGGAAUACUUCAAUGACUGCUUGUGCAGUUGUCUUCUGUAUCUUGGCUUUGCAUCAAUAUGUAAAACUGUGCUUGCAUCAAAUGCUAUAUUCUUUAAUAUAUUCAACUUAUAUUUUAUUAUGAUGACCUUUAUGUAAUUGAUUGUAUAUUUGUGGACGUAAACACCAUGUCUGGUGUGUAUUAGUGAAGGUUAACACCAUCUCUGGUCUGCUAUAAGGAACUGUAUCAUUGUAACAACAAUAAUUAUUUCUACCACUUAGUAUUCAUGUAGUUCUGCCAUAUUAAUCGUCUCCCGUCCUCUACUAGCAGUACAUCUCUUUCACUGCUAACACUGAACUAAGUACACUACUGUACUAGCAGUACUGUAUGUAAAAGGUAUAAAAUACCUACACAGUGGAAAAUAAACAAAUUCAUUAUAAUGUUAUCCUUCAUUGACUACGUUUCACCCACACAGUGGACUUUAUCAAGUCACAAACAGAUCUACCUGAGUAAAGAGUACAUGAGUAUAUAUAGGGUGGAGAGUCAGGUGGAGAAUGGUAGUUAGGUUGAAUUUGAGAUGGAUCUGAACCGGACGGGCAAGUGUGCAUGUUAUGUAGGAUAACAAUGAAGAAGUUUCCUGGCAAGGGUUUCAUCUAUGUUGUAAAAGCCAUUGUUCUGGUUGGAAUUGUUAAAUGUACAGGUAAGUGUUGAUUCCAAGAUUCUGCAGUGCUGAGUGUCUUCUUCCCUGGUGAUGAGUCUUGCAUCUCUGUAGUUGAUUAAAUGGUUGUAGAAGCUUUGGUGUAGAAUACAGACAUUCCUCAAAUCAUCCGUUCUGCCUGCAUAUUGAUGGCAUUCAGAAAUGUGUGUUUGGAGGUCUCUGGCCCACAUAUAAUUGGUUGCAAUUGUUGCAAGGGAUUGAACCUUGUUGUGUCACUUACUGGUGAUGUCUUUGAUGGUUGUGGAUGUGGAGAUAGUAAAAGUAUCUUUCACCAAGAUACCAAAGCUAAAUGUGGUGUAAUCAUAAGCUUUUUCUUUUGUGCCCUCUAAAUCUAUAGCAACAAGUUCCUUGAGGAAGAAUAUUCUCAUCGAUCAAGUAUUUUCUAAACUUCACUAUUCUUGUCACCUCAUUAGAGACUGCACACGCUGUAUAUAACAUCAUCUCGCCCAGAGAAGAAAGGAGAUACAUAGUCCUCACCAACUCUGUUGCCAACAUUUUUUCCAAUACCUCAUUCCAAGGGUCUACCUCUACAUCUGCCAUCAAAGACAUCACCAGUAAGAGACACCAGUAGGUUCAAUCCUCUGCAGGGAAAUACAUGAUCCCUUGCAACAAUUUCAAUCAAUUAUACAUAGGCAAGACAUCCAGAGACCACCAAUAUGCAGGUAGAACAAACGAUUUAAGGAAUGCCUGCAUUCAACACUGAAGCUUCUACAACUAUUUAAUCAACUACAGUGAUGCGAGACUCGUUGCCAUGGAAGAAGACAGUACCGCAGAAUCUUGGAAUCAUCACUUAUCUGUAUGUUUAACACUUUCAACCAGAACAACAGCUUUUACAACAUAGCUGAACCAUUUGCCAGUAAACUUCAUUAUCCUACAUAACAUACACACUUGCCCAUCUUGUGCAAGUCCGUCUCGAAUCCAAACUGCCCAACAUUCUCCACCUGACUCUUCAUCCUAUAUAUACUUAUGUACUCUUUACCCAGGUAGAUCUGUUUGUGACUUGAUAAAGUUCACUGUGUAGGUGAAAUGUGGUCAAUAAAGGAUCACAUUAUAUUGCAUAUCUGUUUAAUUUUUUCACUAGCAGUACUCCCUUACUUCUAACACUGAACUGUGUACACUACUGUACUAGCAGUAUUCCUCCCUCACUGCUAACACUGUACCACGACUACUUUGCAGAAUGUGCAUCUUGAGAGCUGGUUUGUAUGGAGUUUACAUUAUAGAUAUGUACAGUUUACAAUAAGACUAAUGAGAGUA